AUGCCUUACGUCUCAGCCGCCCGUUAUGGAAAGGACAAUGUUCGUGUCCUCAAGGUUACCCGCGACCAGUCCACUGGCGUCCAAACCGUCACCGAGAUGACCGUGUGCUGUCUUCUCGAGGGCGACAUUGAUACCUCGUACACUGAGGCCGAUAAUGGCGUCGUAGUCGCCACUGACUCCAUCAAGAACACCACUUUCAUCAUGGCCAAGCAGCAUCCCGUCAACCCUCCCGAGCUCUAUGCCUCUAUUCUCGGCAACCACUUUAUUCAAAAGUACAGCCACAUCCACGUCGCCAACGUGAAAGUCGUCACCCAUCGGUGGAUCCGCAUGGAUGUUGAUGGAAAGCCUCACCCGCACAGCUUUAUCAAGGAUGCCGGUGAGACUCGAAAUGUUGAAGUCCGAGUCAGCCGCAAGGAUGGCAUCAACAUUUCCAGCUCCAUUGCUGGCCUCAGUGUUCUCAAGAGUACCGGCUCCGCCUUCCAUGGCUUCGUUCGUGAUGAGUAUACCACUCUCCCGGAGACAUGGGAUCGUAUUCUAUCCACCGACGUCGACGCAAGCUGGAAGUGGAGCAAGUUUGCCGACCUCAAAGCUGUAGAGGAGGGUGCCUCCAAGUUUGAUGACGCUUGGAACAAGGCUAGAAACAUUACGCUCAAACUCUUUGCCGAGGACAACAGCGCCAGUGUUCAGAACACAAUGUACAAGAUGUGCGAGCAGAUUUUGGAUGCUGUUCCUGAAACUGAAACGAUUUCUUACUCGCUCCCCAAUAACCACAACUUCGAACUAGACCUGAGUUGGCACAAUGGCCUGCAAAACACUGGCAAGGACGCCGAGGUGUAUGUCCCCCAAACAUGCCCUAACGGUCUCAUUAAGUGUGAAGUUUCUCGCUCUUGA